CACUCCCUCAACCCCGUGCCGCAGCGAGGAUAAUGGACUGCUUUCCAACCUUGAAAGUGAAGAUGUCGUGUCAACUCAUGCUCCUAUGACCAAGAAGAUGCAAAGAAUCGCGGCUAAGCUUGUAGGAGAGCUUCCUGUUGUUUCCUCCGAUGGUAAAGAAAUGGAAUUGCCAGCUCCGGCUCUGGCUCUCUCUCAAUCAGGUCAACUUGCGUGGCUUCCACAUACCAACCUUGUCCUCAAGACUUCCUCUGAUGCAAGCUGGUCAUACAAACUUGAUCUGAAAUCGCAAAAUCCCCAGAUCAGGUCAGUUGUGAAAGCAGCUACCCGCAAGGCUACCCUAGAGCUUGUCAUCAAUGGGAACGAAUGUGCCUUGCACACUGCAGGGCUUAAUGUCAUCACGCUGGAUGCCCUCAUCAAAUGUGCAGAUGAACUUGGAUUUGAUGAAGACCUUGAUAUAUCGCAUCGGCUCCAGGAUGGAGACCUCACAACAUAUGUUUGACCUCUCAUGAAAUAUGUUGCGCAGCGUGUCAUCAUUGAAUGAAAAACCCUGAAGGCUGGCUUCUCCUCAGUUGUGCUUACUGCAUUUGGACUUGAUUACUCUGAAGGAGGUAUAGAGGAGGCAAAACAGUUGGUU